UGGUCCCGAAGCCGCUCCUUUCUCCGAACAGGUUUCGCGUCGCCGCCGAGAGUCGGCGAACCUCGGGGCCGCGGCGGCCGUUCUCGGAGAGCUGCCUCUCGCGAACUCCAGCGCGCUCAGGUGUGCCUUAGCUCCGGUCACGGCCAUGAUCCGCCAGGAGCUCUCCACAUCCUACCAGGAGCUGAGUGAGGAGUUGGAUCAGGUGGUUGAGAACUCGGAGCAGGCUGACGAGCGGGACAAGGAGACGGUCAAAGUCCAGGGUCCGGGGAUCUUACCAGCCCUGGACAGCGAGUCGGCCUCCAGCAGCAUCCGUUUCAGCAAGGCCUGCCUGAAGAACGUCUUCUCAGUCCUGCUCAUCUUCAUCUACUUGCUGCUCAUGGCCGUGGCCGUCUUCCUGGUCUACCAGACCAUCAUGGACUUCCGCGAGAAGCUCAAGCACCCUGUCAUGUCGGUGUCUUACAAGGAGGUGGAUCGCUACGACGCCCCAGGCAUCGCUCUGUAUCCCGGUCAGGCCCAGCUGCUCAGCUGUAAACACUAUUACGAGGUCAUCCCGCCUCUGAGGAGCCCCGGGCAGCCUGGAGAUGUGAACUGCACCACUCAGAGGAUCAACUAUACGGACCCCUUCUCCAAUCAGACCCUGAAAUCCGCCCUGAUUGUGCAGGGGCCGCGGGAGGUGCAGAAGCGGGAGCUGGUCUUCCUCCAGUUCCGCCUGAACCAGAGCAGUGAGGACUUCAGCGCCAUCGAUUACCUGCUCUUCUCAUCCUUCCAGGAGUUCCUGCAGAGCCCAGACAGGGCCGGCUUCAUGCAGGCCUGCGAGAGCGCCUAUUCCAGCUGGAAGUUCUCGGGGGGCUUCCGGACCUGGGUCAAGAUGUCUCUGGUGGAGACCAAGGAGGACGGGCGGGAGGCGGUGGAGUUCCGGCAGGAGACCAGUGUGGUUAACUACAUUGACCAGAGACCCGCAGCCGAGAAGAGCGCUCAGUUGUUCUUCGUGGUCUUUGAAUGGAAAGAUCCUUUCAUCCAGAAAGUCCAGGACAUAAUCACCGCCAAUCCUUGGAACACAAUUGCUCUUCUCUGUGGAGCCUUCUUGGCAUUAUUUAAAGCUGCAGAAUUUGCCAAACUGAGUGUGAAAUGGAUGAUCAAAAUUCGGAGACGAUACCUUAAGAGAAGAGGUCAGGCAACAAACCACAUAAGCUGAGGUUGUCGGUGUUGUUCGUAGAAACUGCCCGAGUUGAUGGAAGUUCUCAUCACUUCCACUUUGGUAAACCAGGCUGCCAGCAAUCCAGUCCUCACUUGAAGAAAACAGGCUUUGCCGGGGGCCUAGCCUGUCACACUGCAGCUUCUAACCCGGCCCCCCAACGAGACUAUCUUAGAGCCCAGUGGAACAGAUCCAGUGGAUGACCUAAACGUUAUUUAAGUAUUUAAAUUAUUGGUGAACAUUUUUUGACAUAUGACAUGAAUAUGUCAAAUGGAAGAUGGACUCAGAUAGAAUCCAAUGUUCUGAAGGUUUGUGGAAGCUGUCUUCCUUCUUCCUUGGUUUGGUGUAUAGUUAAGGUCCGACAGGAUGAUUAAGGUUCUGACCGCAGGUCUUCUCCUUGAGAUUUUUUUUAAAUGAAGGGUGUGUGACUUUCUUCUCUCCGCACUGGUGACUCUCCGGCAGUGGAGGUCACAGUGUGGAACCAGUGUGCUAUUCGCGAGAAACAGAAAACCCCUCAUAUCUCUGGUGCCAUGUGCAAGUCUCUGACAUACUCUCAUGUGUUAAAUAUUAAAUGAGACUGUUUUUUAAAACUA